GCUGCUACUUUCGUGCGACGCGUAUGUGGAGCUAAGCUCUAGCGGCCGGGCGCCUUGCCAGCGGUGAGGGGCCAGCAAGGGCUGUGUGGCAUGGCUCUCCUGGGCGUCUUCGCAAGGCAGCGGCAGUCCUCGAGGAGUGCUCUCCUGUGACACAGUGAGCACGUCUAAGCGUCAGGUCAAUGCCUUUAUAGGCUCGCCUUGCUUUUCAGCCAAAGAGCCAGCUUGCCCAGGCUGGGCUCUGCAAAGUCUGCAAGCACCAAACGCUGCCGCCGUGCAAAAACGAAGCUCGUUGAACGCUGUGAGAGCCGUCUCGACUGCUCUCGCUAUCCGUAUUGACUUGCAUCGCGCGCCGUCCGCAGCAGCAGCAAAACAAGGGCUGCAAACAUGCAGCUUCUGAAGCUCGCCGUCGCCGCGCUGGCAUCGCUCGCCGCCGCCACUACGCCAAAAAGCGGCAAGCCUACGAUACUCCGCGUCAAGAAGUCCGACGGCGCCGUGAAGCGCGUCGCGUUCGACGGCGCCGCGACGCUCGACGAACUCUGUGAGAGAGCGCACGCCGACGAGCUUUUCAGUGAUGACGCCUGCACGCGCGCGUGCACCGCCGACGAUUUGGUACAUGGCGCUGUGGUGUAUGAGCGGCCCAUGGAAAAAGAGGAAGAACCCGAGGAGGCCGCGGCCGAGGCCUUCUUCAGCCCCUACCCGGAACUACAGAAGAAGUCUUCUUUGAGAGCGAAACGGCGCCAGAAGAAUUUAAGGGCGAACACCUGGAAGGAACUGCUGCGGGAGCGGGAGGGCGUCUUUUACGUCAAGUCCUUUGAAAGAGUCUGCGACAUGUGCCGGCUGAGCCAGGACUGCGUCGAGGAGUUGUCGGGGCGGGGCGCCCACGCGGCGUGGCUGAUCGGAAGGCGGGGCGUGCGGAAGGAGAACGCGACAACCUUCGCCGAAACUGCCUAUCAGUGUGGUGUGAAGGACGACGACGUGUUUGAAAUUGCUCAAUUGUGCGGGCUGGAGGUCGUGGGCGUGGCGGUCGUGAGGGCGGAUGCCGACGGCGACGACAAGUCCAUAUUACUAACGCCGUACGAGGUCGCUUUAGUAUCAGAAUUACAAGUGGAGGCGAUGCGGCGCUGUGACGAUCUGAAGCGGCCCUUCAGCUUUCCCACGCUGAUCAUCGCGCCGCGGUCGUCGGGCGGGCUCGCCACCGAAGCCUUCGAGGCGUCUGAAUUAACGGUCCAGAUGGCGGCCGAGCGCGUGCUUGAAUUGAGUGGAGACCAGCCGACGGAGGCCGACGCGCGCGUGCGCACGCGCGACGUUCUUUUCCCGCGUCCUCGUGUUUCUUCGCUCUUUUUUACCGUGGUGGUUGACGCGAGUGCCGCCGGUCUCGGUCCCCCGAGAGUGACGGAGUGGUUUUCGCGGCGAGGGCGUGCUGAGGUCUACUACGCCACGACGCGCCGUCGUCGCGGUCGCGUUGACGCCGCUACGCUGCGCAGGUCGUCGUCGUCGACCGCGAGGACGCGAAGGACAUCGACGCGCGCUUCCUGUACCGGGCCGUGCCCGUCGGGACCCUCUCGACAAAUCCUAUCCUGUCGUCGGCCUUCCAUUUGACUUCAAAGGCCAAGGCCAAGAAGCGCGAGCAGGCGCUCGCUGCGCAUUUGCGAGGCGCGUCCGGCAAGAAGGCCCUGACCAAGAAGCUCCUCGACAUCGGUGCAUUGGUCGCGGCGCGCGGUAUUCUUGCGAAGGGCGACGUUAGUGCUGCAUGUGCUGUUGCGAAGCAGCGGCGGACGGACCCGGGCGCGGUGCUGCCUACGAAGGUCCGGGCGGCCGUCGAGGCGUGGCUUGCUACCGUGUCGGGUGGGUAACUGUCCUUUCUUUCG